AUGGCUGAAAUGGUUUGGACUUUCGAUGCAACAGAAGAUUUAAUAAAUCUUCAUAAUGAUUAUCAUGAAGAAUUCAAAAAUGCUCUGAAUACUGGGCAUGCGGCUAUCUGGAAUGGGAUAGCAACCGAAAUCAAUAAUCAUCAUCCAGCUCAAAUUACUGGCAGACAAUGCCAAGUAAAAUGGGCCACGCUGGUUUACAGUUAUGAAAACUCUAGAAGGAUAAGA